AUGGUGAAAGGAGAAAGCAACAGAGUUAAUUCUAUAUCACAGGCCCAGCAUACUGUCCUAGACCUAGAACUGCUCGUGGAAGUUCAUUCUGGUGAGCUGCACGCACACGGUAAACUUGGGCAGAAUAAUAAUGAGCAGUUCACAAGAGGUAGUCAGCUUGAGGAAGGUAUCUUGACAGUAAAUCCAAAUGUGGGAAACAUGGAUAAUGGGAUUAACAUUAUAGGUGGAGUCAAUACAGAUGCAGGGUCUAGCUAUUUCUCUAUACUAGAGGGUUCAGAGGACAAUGGUUUGACCCAAGAAGAGCAACGUGUGGACACUUAUUAG